AGGUGCUUUCGCUGCAAAUUAACAUCAGUUCGCGCAACGCCGCUGGCCUUAUCGAUAGCGGCCAAAAUUUCCCCAGUCUCCAAUCGAUCUCCCAUUCCAUUCACAACCUCCACCCUGGCCAUUACCAACGCUGUCCAGCGCCGAUACCCAACGACUCGAUAUUUCACAUCACUCCGAUAGCCGCCUAAAAUGACGAUUCUCGACGACAAACAGAUCCCUGCGGCAUCCCCCGAGGCCCCCUCGACGACGACGACGGCUGCUUCCUCAGCGGCAUCAGCAGCACCGAGCACGCAGCAGCAACCGCCGCGCGAGCUUCGCAACGAUCCCGCCCGCACCGGUUUCGACCCGCAGACCAAGUGGUGGGUGAACUACUUCAACGUCCUAGCCGGCCGCAUGACCCCCGAGGGCCAGUUCCACUACCGCGAGGCCCGCUACCGCGCCAACGAGGAGCGCGACUGCAAGCGCUGCGAGGAGCACCGCGACUGGCUCCUCGCCUUCUCCCCGACCGUGCGCUUCCUCAACGAUAAGAUCGCCGCUCUCAACGGCAACCUGGACUCGUCCAACAUUCUCUGCAAGCGGUGCCCUGCCCGGCUGACCGAGGACGGCGAGGUCCACCGCCAGUCCGGCGGCUUCAGCCCCGCGCACGGGAUCCUCAUCUGCGCCAACGAGGUGAGGGACCGGAAGCACCUCGAAGACACGCUGUCGCACGAGAUGGUGCACGCGUGGGACCACCUCCGGUGGAAGGUCGAUUGGAUGGGUGACUUGGACCUGAAGCAUGCGGCGUGUACAGAGAUCCGAGCAUCGAUGCUCAGCGGUGAGUGCAGGUGGACGAGGGAGGCCUUUACAAGAGGCAACUGGAGCCUAUCGCAGCAGUUCCAGGACUGCGUGCGGAAGCGCGCCAUCCAAUCCGUCCUCAACCGGCCGAGGUGCAAGGAUGACGUGCAGGCCACCAAGGUGGUGAACCAGGUCUGGGAGUCAUGCUUCAGCGACACGCGGCCCUUUGACGAGGUUUACAGAUGAAGGAACGGCGCCGAGGAGACGAACAGGAUGGUGAUGGUAGAUGGGCUCGGGAGAUGAGCGUGUGCGUGUAUAAUAAUACCC